CACACCUGAUAAGGCUUUUCGUCCAGGUCAUAGUCUCUCGGGUCUGCCCUUAGAGAACAGUUAUUAACAGAAACGUUUAUCGGAAUCAUUUUCUGUUACAACAUCUAUCGUAUGUUGUGUCUUUCAAUAGUUUUUACCAAACAUUUCAAAUAAAAAGUAUCGAAGCUUUCUUUUCCAAGUCGAAGGAAAAAAGGAAAACUUUGAAUCACUGGACGGAUUCCCGAUUCAAUCCACCAUUUUGAAGUGAUUUUUUGUUGUUGUUGUUUGUUGAGCUGGACAAGUUUUCAAGUGUAUUGUGUCUUUCGAUACGGAGUGAACAUGACAACCAUAAACACGCCUAACAUCAACUUCAAAUGGGACCCAAAGAGCUUGGAGAUACGUACUCUGGCUGUGGAGAGGCUGCUGGAGCCUUUGGUCACACAGCACAGAACGCAGCCCUACAAAAUAGAAUAUCAGAAGUGCUUCAUUGAAUAUCACGCGUGACAGCUGUGAGCAAACCCUACGGUAUCACCAGACAACUCGGUGUCACGACCCUGGUGAACUCCAGCAACAAGGGCCCGUCCAAUAAGAAAAAGGGUCGCUCUAAGAAGGCCCAUGUAUUGGCUGCCUCAGUGGAGACUGCUACCUUGAACUUCCUGGAUAAAGGAGAGAAGAUCGCCAAAGAGAGCAAGUUCCUCAAGGACGAGCUCACUGCUGCCGUGGAGGAUGUCUGAAAGCAAGGUGAAUCCAUGAAGCAGGCAUCAGGAGAGUUUGCAGAGGACCCCUGUUCCUCGGUAAAGAGGGGUAACAUGGUCCGUGCCGCCAGGGCCCUCCUCUCUGCUGUCACUCACCUGCUGGUGCUGGCUGACAUGUCUGAUGUCUACAAGCUGCUGCUGCAGCUCAAACUGGUGGAGGAGAACCUAGUGAAGGUGCGUAACGCUGGAACAGAGCAGGACCUGGGCAUACAGUACAAGGCCCUGAAACCAGAGGUGGACAAACUCAACAUGAUGGCUGCCAAGAGACAGCAGGAGUUGAAGGAUGUUCACCAUAAGGAUCAGAUGGCGGCCGCCCGCGGUGUUCUCCAGAGGAACAUCCCCAUGCUCUACACCGCCUCCCGCGCCUGCCUCCAACACCCGGACGUGGCCGCAUACAAGGCGAACCGUGACCUGAUCUACAAGCAGCUUCAGCAUGCUGUCUCAGGCAUCUCUAAUGCUGCCCAGGCUACAGCCUCUGAUGACGCUGCCUUCAACCACCCUGCUGGGGGAGGAGAGCUGGCCUACGCUCUCAACAACUUUGAUAAGCAGAUCAUCGUGGACCCCCUGGCGUUUAGCGAGGAGCGUUUCCGCCCGUUUCUGGAGGAGCGCUUGGAGAGCAUCAUCAGUGGUGCCGCCCUCAUGGCCGACUCGUCCUGUACCCGUGAUGACCGGCGCGAGCGCAUCGUGGCCGAGUGCAACUCUGUCCGUCAGGCUCUGCAGGACCUGCUGUUUGAGUAUAUGGGCAAUGCUGGCAAGAAGGACAGGAGUGAUGCUCUGAACACCGCCAUCGACAGGAUGACCAAGAAGACUAGGGACCUUCGCAGACAGAGACGUCCACAGACAGGUUGGUGCAACUCCCCCUCUCUUCCUUUCCUCACUUUCAUCCUUCCUUCCCUUGUUCUCGUCCUCUCUCCGUCCUCCCAGUCCUUCUCCAGAGACCUUCAGAGACAGCUGCGUAAGGCGGUCAUGGAUCAUGUUUCUGACUCGUUCCUGGAGACCAACGUUCCUCUGCUGGUUUUGAUCGAAGCAGCAAAGAACGGGAACGAGAAGGAGGUGAAGGAAUACGCCCAGGUGUUCCGCGAGCACGCCAACAAGCUCAUUGAGGUGGCCAACCUGGCUUGCUCCAUCUCUAAUAAUGAGGAGGGUGUCAAGCUGGUCCAUAUGGCUGCUUCCCAGCUGGAAACACUCUGCCCCCAGGUGAUUAAUGCGGCGCUGGCUCUAGCUGCCAAGCCCAACAGAAAGGUUGCUCAGGACAACAUGGACCUCUUCAAAGAGUCCUGGGAGAAACAGGUCCGCGUCCUCACUGAUGCCGUCGAUGACAUCACCAGCAUUGACGACUUCCUCUGUGUGUCUGAGAACCACAUUCUGGAGGAUGUGAACAAGUGUGUGAUAGCGCUGCAGGAGAAGGAUGUGGACGGGUUGGAUCGUACGGCCGGCGCCAUCCGUGGCCGUGCUGCUAGAGUGGUCCAUGUGGUCACAUGUGAGAUGGACAACUAUGAGCCUGGAGUCUACACAGAGAAGGUUCUGGAGGCCACCAAGCUACUCACUAACACAGUCAUGCCCAGGUUCACAGAGCAGGUGGAGGCAGCGGUAGAGGCUCUGAGUGCCAACCCCACUCUCCCUGUUGACGAGAACGAGUUCAUCGACGCCUCUCGUCUGGUCUACGAUGGAGUCCGCGACAUCCGCAAGGCCGUGCUGAUGAUCAGGACUCCUGAAGAGCUGGAUGACUCUGACUUUGAGACGGAGGACUUUGAUGUUCGCAGCAGGACCAGCAUGCAGACGGAAGAUGACCAGCUUAUUGCAGGCCAGAGUGCCAGGGCUAUCAUGGCCCAGCUGCCCCAGGAGCAGAAGGCUAAGAUCGCUGAGCAGGUGGCCAGUUUCCAGGAGGAGAAGAGCAAGCUGGACGCUGAGGUGUCCAAGUGGGACGACUCCGGCAACGACAUCAUCGUCCUGGCCAAACAGAUGUGUAUGAUCAUGAUGGAGAUGACGGACUUCACCAGGGGUAAAGGUCCGUUGAAGAAUACCUCUGAUGUCAUCAGUGCUGCUAAGAAGAUUGCUGAGGCUGGAUCCAGGAUGGAUAAACUGGGCCGCACCAUCGCAGACCAGUGUCCAGACUCGGCCUGUAAGCAGGACCUGUUGGCCUACCUGCAGCGUAUUGCUCUGUACUGCCACCAGCUCAACAUCUGUAGUAAGGUCAAAGCAGAGGUCCAGAACCUGGGAGGAGAGCUCGUGGUCUCUGGGGAGGUUUCCCAAGCAUUCCUAGAGAGCCAGGUGGACAGUGCUAUGUCUCUGAUCCAGGCAGCUAAGAACCUGAUGAAUACGGUGGUGUCCACGGUCAAAGCUAGCUACGUGGCUUCCACUAAGUACCAGAAGUCCAUGGCCAUGCAGUCCCUAAACAUGCCUGCUAUCUCCUGGAAGAUGAAAGCCCCAGAGAAGAAACCCCUGGUCAAGAGAGAGAAGCAGGAAGAUGGCUCCAACAACAAGGUCAAGAGGUCAUCCCACAAGAAACACAGCAACCCUGUCCAGGCCCUCAGCGAGUUCAAAGCCAUGGAUAGCAUCUAGAGAUGGAGUGGUCAGUCAGGGUGGUGAGAGGGAGGUGCAGCUAGAAGGUUGAGAUGCUGAUGGAGCGGUCAGUUAGGGUGGUGAGAGGGAGGUGGAGCUAGAAGGUUGAGAUGCUGAUGGAGCUGGCUAGAUCAACUGUGAUGUGUAGACGGUUGGAGCUUCUUUUUUAAUCCAGUCAAAAAAGGGCGGGUUGAAUGCAUUUCUUAUUUCCUUCCCUGGCCUAGUCCAGCUGUCUGGUUUGAUGUGAUGUUGCUAUGCAGGCUCGCUAAGGUAGAACACUAUACAGACGCCCUUAAGCUCACUCCUUCUCUACCAGUCUCUCUUUUUUUUCAUUCAAACAAUUGCAUUCUGAUAAGUCUCUAGCCUACUGUAUAACUUCUCUACUGGAAAAUAAGACAAUUGGGGAUGCAACUAGAGCAAGUAAAGGCUGUUUCUAUUUCAUGUGAUUUUAUUCCAGUGUUGGUAUGAGAUGGGACGGGUGGAUUUCAUUGAUACUGUAAAAUCUAAUUCAGUUCAAAACGAAUCAUUUUGACCCUUGACCCUCUUAUUUGAACCCCUGACCCCCAACUUGUGAUGUGAGAUACCCUGUGUAUUUUUAUACAAUGACUUUCUACCGUGUUUUAUGAUUACGUGGAUGGUGGGAGGGUGUUGGAUGGUAUUUCCGCUAUGUGUUGUAUAUGAUAUGAUGCAGUGUUGUGUAGGUGCGGAUCAGAUAGGCCUUUCCACUCGAUGCAAACACAUCUCUCUAUCGCUUUAUUAGUCUUGACUCAAGCAAUAACUGGAGAACGUCUGGAUGUCUAACUUUCUUUUCUCCAUGGAGUUUUUUUUGGAUAAAUGUUUGUUUUUAGCUUUUUGAUUAAAAAAGACAGAUUUUUUUUUUUUUCAUUCUCAAUGUAUUCUGCUAAUCUAAUAAAAGUUUGAUAUUAUAA